GGUGGAACCACUACCGAUGGGGGCAUUUGACCCACUAGAAGAUUCAGAUGAUGACAAUGACUUCCAAAUCCAGAGGCAGCUGCUGAAUCGGAGGUUGACAACGGCGAUUGGAGGGCUGACUGCUCUGCAGCAGAUAAAUGUCAACGGGCCCAACGCUAACAGCAAUCAAGGGAGAGGCCGUAAGAGGAAAAGGGGCCCACCGGCGAAAAGGGUCUCACACAUCUGGUAUUGCCUGGCAGAAGGAGCUACAGUGCCAAACCUGAAAAAGAAAGAAUCAUGCCCUAUACAUCAGGCGCAGACAGAGGCAGGCUAUGGAUACCCACCAUCUUGUGUUUCCCAAGAAGGCAUAAGCAUGGUACAAUUGGAAUUAGAACUGGACGAGGUGCAGUUUAAGGAGGACAUAUGGGAAUUAUUUCCCAUAUUAAGAAGAAGUCCAUUCAACAUCUACAAAAGAGACAAGCAGAAGAAGCUUGUUCUCAUAAAUGUAAAGACCCCCAAGGAACUAAAAAAUGAAAGAUAUCGAAGCACUAUCUUCAUUCGCCCAUCAUCAGCUUUUCAUUCAGCCUUAGCUCCUGCCUCAACCUCAGCUACCACUGCAGCUUUAGCUCCUGCCUCAACUUCAGCUACCACUGCAGCUUUAGCUCCUGCCUCAACUUCAGCUACCACUUCAGCUUUAGCUCGUGCCUCAACUUCAGCUUCCACUGCAGCUUUAGCUCCUGCAUCAACCUCAGCGACCACUUCAGCUUUAGCUCCUGCCUCAACUUCAGCUACCACUUCUUCAGCUACCACCUCAGUGCCUACCACCUCAGUGCCUACAACUCCCUUUGUAAGCUAUGCAUAAUUCGAGAAUUGUAUGCUUCGAACUGCAAAAUUUUGUUUUUCUAUUGCUGCGAUCAACUUAGCACACUCAGUGUCCAUAUUGGUACAGAGUUAACAUAAGGUGUAAUGGGGAACUAAUGACACAACCAAACAUGCAAUUGUGAAUCCCGUGGCAAAGUGUAUAUUAAAAGUCUUCAUUUUAUGGAAAAAUACUCCCAGAAAGAUAAGAAAAUUGACACGAAACAGUUAAGAAACAUAACGACUUUUAAAUCAUGGCCAUUAUUUGAAGAAAAGAUGAAGAUUUACUUGAUUUUUAGGUCUGUUUUAGUAGGGUAU